GUCUCUGAACAGGAAGCAAUAAAUAAGUCCAAACAACUGCACUGGACAAGGGAGACCUAUUUCAGGUGAUAUCUUCAUUUUUUCUUGGCAGUAAUUUACACACUCUGUACUAUAUUCUUCGGGCGUCAACUUUCCCGCGAUGACAAUUCCGUUGGUGUAAAAUACGUUGAAGUAAGUAUUUUCAUUCAUGUAUGAUCUUCUGGGUGAGUGACAUUGGUAACAUUCAUCCAGUGGUGACAUCUUAGCUGCAAUAACUCAAUCAGAAGAGUUUAGUGUGAAUGUCUAGCUAACUUGACCAUAUCAUUAAUGUUCAUGUUUACUGCCGCUAUAAGCUGUAUAAUGGACUUAAGACUCUAGUUUCUGAUGAUUUACAGGCAGGAUUGUCAAGCAUAACAUAGCAGUUCAAUGGCAUUUUAGAAUUGAAUAUGCUGCUGAUGUGUCUUGAAAAAAAGGUUAUGCCAGGGUUCAGUCAUAUUCAGGUGAUGUCAUGGAGUUAAUUGCAACUGCAGUAUAAUGUGAUUUGCGGCAGAGACACUCUCUCUCUUUACUGCACCUACAGUGCCUUCAGAAAGUAUUCAAAUGUAUUGAAAAUGAAAUAGAGAAAUAAAACAUUUACAUAAGUAUUCAAACCUCUGAGUCAAUAAUUUGUAGAAGCACCUUUGGCGGCGAUUACAGCUGUGAGUCUUUUUGGGUACGUUUCUAAGAGCUUUGCACACCUGGAUUCUACAAUAUUUGCCCAUUAUACUUUAAAAAAUGAUUCAAGCCGAUUUAAGUCAUAACUGUAACUAGGCCACUCAAGAUCAUUCAAUGUCGUCUUGGUAAGCAACUCCAGUGUAGAUUUGGCCUUGUGUUUUAGGUUAUUCUUCUGCUGAAAUGUGAAUUUGUCUCCCAGUGUCUGUUGGAAAGCAGACUGAAACAGGUUUUCCUAUAGGAUUUUGCCUGUGCUUAUAGCUGUAUUCAGUUUAUUUUUGUCCUACAUUACCAAUCGGUGCCCUUCUUUGCGAGACAUUGAAAAACCUCCCUGGUCUUUGUGGUUGAAUCCGUGCUUGAAAUUCACUAAUCAAUUGAGGGACCUUAUAGAUAAUUGUAUGUGUGGGGUACAGAGAUGGGGUAGUUAUUCAAAAAUCAUGUUAACCACUAUUAUUCAACACGGAAUGAGUCCAUGCAACUUAUGCGAUUUGUUACAUUUUUACUCCUGAACUUAUUUAGGCUUGCCAUAACAAAGGGGUUGAAUACUUAUUGACUUGACAUUUCAGCUUUUCAUAUUUUAUUAAUGUAGAAAAUGUUCUACCAACAGAAUUCCACUUUGACAUUAUGAGGUAUUGUGUGUAGAUCAGUGACACAAAAUCUAAAUGUAAAACAUUUUAAAUUCAGGCUGUAACACAACAAAAUGUGGAAAAGGUACUUUCUGAAGGCACUGUAUGUUACCUUUUCAUCCUCUGUAUCCUGGUCGUACAGGUACACUAAGUGGUGACGGGACUGUGGGUGGUGUGGGGCACUGUUAUUGAAUAGUUGAACCACAUACCUCUUGCCAUUUAUUUUCUAGCUUUACGAGCACUCCAGGUUUUAUGGGUGGUUCUCUCUAAAACAAAAGGUAACCUGGGCUGUCCUGAAAUACUAUGACAGUCUCAUUAAAAUGAAUAGCCAGGCAUUGAUCUAAGUUAGAUCUGAGGCAGAGCACAUCUCUAGUAUGUUGCUAUGUGCACUAAUGAUUGUAGUGUGUUGCUGGUGUGUGAUGUGUUUUGUCUUUGUAAGGCAGGUGGUCACGAUGGCACAGAAGGUCCUAGUGACAGGGGGAGGAGGCUACAUUGGCAGCCACUGUGUGGUGGAACUGAUUGAGGCAGGAUUCUGCCCUGUGGUCAUAGAUAACUUCAGCAAUGCUGUCCAAGGUAAGUGUCCUUAGUUUGCCCAGUGUGGCUUUGCGAGUAGGCUAAUACGGCAUAUGACACCCUAUCUGUUUGACAGUAACUGUUUGUUUUCUGUGUGAUGCUGAUAACAGUUACAGUAAAGGUGUGUUUGUGUAUGUGCAAGCAUGUGUGUUAAUCAUUGUUCCACAUCCUUUUGUUUUGUGGAGGAGAAAGGGAUGUCCCUGAGAGCCUGCGGAGAAUAGAAAAGAUCCUGAACACCAGCAUUGAGUUCUAUGAGCUGGACCUGCUAGACUGCACAGGCCUGGAUAAGCUCUUCAAACAGGUUGCAAACUACACACAUCCCUGCUGAACAGUGUUCAUAUGCAUAGGCUUUAACUAGGCCCCAGAGUUUUCCCUCUUCAGGUCACGAGUCAGGGACAACUCCUGGCCCUAUUAGUAUUUUUGCUUAAGACCUUUGUCUAUGUUAGGUUUUUACCUGUUUGUCUCUGUCUUAAUGUCUUAACAGCAUUCAUUCAGUGCUGUAAUGCACUUUGCUGGUCUGAAAGCAGUGGGUGAGUCAGUUGAGCAGCCAUUGAGGUACUAUCGGGUCAACCUCACCGCAACCAUGAACUUGCUUGAGGUAAGCGAGAACACCUCAAUCUUAGCUUGCCUUGCAUUAUUUGAAGUGACCUAUUAUGGAAUGGCAUUCACUGCUGCUUGCCUAGAACUGAUACCUAAGUGCAUGAGUGCUUGUGGGUUGAUUUGAUAACUUUGUAGCACUGUACUUGUCUUUUACUUUUGACCAGCUACUAGUGUUGCUUGCAAUAAUCUCAACCCACUUCCUGAUGUUAGUCUGUAUGCCUAAGCGUGUGUGUGCUUUAGAUUGCUGUCUCAAGGGCUGCUGUCUGUCCGUGUGUGUCGUGUGUGUGUGCAUCUGCAUGUCUCCCAGGUGAUGCAGACUCAUGGCGUGCGCAAUCUGGUCUUCAGCAGCUCAGCCACGGUGUAUGGAGACCCCCAGCGGCUUCCCAUAGACGAACAGCACCCUGUUGGGGGGUGCACCAACCCUUACGGCAAGACUAAGUUCUUCAUAGAGGAGAUGAUUAUGGACCAGUGUAAGGCAGAAAAGGUACUGUACCUACCUACCCCAGGUUCUCUAUUCAACAUCACACACCCUGACCAUUUGUCACAUACGCCCCAUGCAUUAUAGAUGUCCUGAAUAACAGUGUGUAUAACAAUUUGUACAACGAUAAUAAUGCCCAUACCACUGUAUGUAUUCACAGGACUGGAACGCGGUGCUGCUGCGGUAUUUUAACCCCAUCGGGGCGCACUCCUCUGGGCUCAUCGGAGAAGACCCUCAGGGCAUUCCCAACAACCUGCUGCCCUAUGUCGCCCAGGUAACCACAAACAAUGUUUAUCCACCUUGAAUGACGUGAUAUACCACUUUGAGUUAUUCCUUUUCUAAUCUCUGUUCUUUUCACCGGGAUGUAGUAUUGUAAUUGACUUAACUUUAGGUGCUGUGGCUCUCUUCUCUAACCCAGGUGGCCAUUGGGAGAAGAAAACACCUCAAUGUGUUUGGGAACGACUACGACACUAUUGAUGGAACAGGUAAUGAUGACUGACUUUAUGCUUAAACAAAAGAGGGUUGAUUGACAUUGAUUGAAAACAGCACUGAAUAGAAUUCAAUCAAUCAUAACCGUCUGAUGGUAAAUGUCAGAUCAUAAUUUUUUACUGAAAUGCAUCCAAUUGUGAAUAAUCCUUCUCCUCUUUCUCUCUUUAGGAGUGCGAGAUUACAUCCAUGUUGUGGAUUUGGCCAAAGGACACAUAGCUGCCCUCAAGAAACUGAAAGACAAUUGUGGGUGCAAGGUACAGUAUACCGGCUGCCUGAAUUACCUGAACACACUAUUACCUGAGUGAUCUUUCCUGUCUUUCCUCAUUCAUUCGCAAUUUCUCUUGUUUCAUCUGUUUUAAUAUAGAAAUGUGACAUUUCCCCGCUCUCUCACUCUCUAGGUGUAUAAUUUAGGAACAGGAACCGGUUACUCUGUGCUCCAGAUGGUAAAGGCUAUGGAGAAGGCCUCAGGGAAGGAAGUGAGUGACCUGACCCUCUUUUAAAAACUUCAGAGCCUUCAACCAUCAGUAUUCCUAGAUUACCUUAUUACCUCUUAAUUACAGGGAAUGGAAUCCUUUUUAGAUCUACAUGUGUAUUAAGGGGCUACUUCAUGCAAUACCUGUGACGGCUAAUUUCAGACCAAACCAUUUCACGUGAGGGUGGUUGUACUGUAAUGAUUGUCUUUGCCACAGAUCAUGUACCUGAUCGCCCCCCGGCGAGGAGGAGAUGUAGCAUCCUGCUAUGCUGACCCCCUUCUGGCUGAGAAAGAGCUGGGCUGGAAAGCUGACUUCGACCUGGAGAGAAUGUGUAAGUACACCUUUAUUGAACUACUACCCCUUACUUUCACUGUUACUCUGAGUCUGUACAUCAUUUGUCAACACAACACGACAGCUCCAGGUCUCAGUACAAUGCACAAUCUUGAUUACAUAGAGCAAAUGUUUAUUCUCAUAAUGUCAUGCCUCUGGUUGUCUCCAAAGGUGAGGACCUGUGGCGUUGGCAGUUUAAAAACCCCACCGGAUUCACCAAUAACAGCCCAUCAACAAUAUGAUGUCACUCAAUGCUCAUCUCAUCUUCUUCACUUCCUCCUAAGUUACCGGGCCAAAGCAAAUCAUAAAGUUCCUAAUUUUUCUAUCACAUUCACACAUGAAGAGACCUCAAGACAAAAUGAGUGAUUUAUAUUUCAUAGUGAUUUAAUAUUAUGUUGUUGAUUCCAUACAGCUACUUUCACUAAGGCUGUUCUCUAAUGCUUAGGUGACAAAUACCAUGUCUUAUUGCUGUCUUAUUAUUUGUAUGUAUUGUCAUAGACAUUUUCUCUAAUUAUAUAAUAGUUGAGUGUAUAGCCAUACAAAUGGGGAAAUAAAUACAUUUU